CGAUAGAAUUACGUAAGUAAUAAAUUUAAAAUUAUCGCUCGAGUUAAACAGUUGCCAACAAUAAUUAAACUGCUGGCAACAUCAGCCCCGACGCGUGAUACAAUAUCGAGUACUGCACCCACACGGCACGUGACAAGCUGCAGUUGACGUUUACUCCUUCAUUACAACGAGAAGCGCUCCUACUCGAUCGAUCUUAAAUUGAACGUUUAAUUAAUUCUCGGAACUCGGCAUGCCAUUUAAGUUCCACCGUUUUCCUCUAUCGCGAUCAAUUGCAAACGUUCAGUUAUUAUAGAAAAAUAAUUUCAUUUUUAAUUAAAGAGAUUUAUCAAACUUUCUCCAGUAAUGAUUCUUUAAAGAAAGUAAUGGGAAGUUUCGUAAUCUGUAUUCCCGACCUGAAUAUCUAUAUCUUGAGGCGCGUUCGAUUAAUGCGAUGACAAUGGAUCGUGAGGUAGCGUGUCGGUAAUAAAUUACACGAUAUAAUCAUUCCUGGAUGAUGAGAGCGAGGUACCACAAAUGCAUUUUACCGCAGAUCUUCGCAUUCCUCGUUUAAUACGUUCCCCGAUCACACCUAAUUCCCACGCGCCUACAAUAUUCAGAUUUAGAAUCAGACUUCUAUUCAUGGGAUGCUGUUUUUUCUCAUAUCAUUUCAAUAUUUAUUUGAUCGUUCAUGCUUUUAUCGUUCAUCGGAGCGCACGAUAAUUCUAACAUGGAACUCGAGAGAGUUAAUCUGUUUCGAUCAUUCAGCUUUACAGCUGAAUAGUUUCGAUAAAGGAUAUUCAAAUCCCUAUAGAUCGGCAAUCUGAUACUCAAAGGAAUUCCUUACGUCUAGAUUCCGUACGCGUUUCGUAUCCUGAUCCUGGAUCGCAUGCGUCGCGGCAUCCUGGCGUCCCGGCGUUCGGUGACGUGUCUACGAAACUUUACGUCGCGGAAACUCUUCAGUCCGCGUCGCGACUCGCUUCCAAGCGCCUCACCUUCCCCAUCGUUUUCUGGAACGCGGCUACUCCGCUUCACGCGCGUUUUUAUCUCCUGUGAGAUACUGUACAAAGUGCAGGAAUGUUCAUUUUAAGGUGAACAGAUGACGAUUCUACCCGAGGAAAAUGGCAGCGUACAAAUUAUCCGGAAGAGCACGUUCAGACUCCUCCAUAAAAUAGAGAAAAUUAAACGUUUCGAUUAAUAUCUCCUGAGCGCGACACUCUGUCCAAGUUGCACCUGUUGCGUAGCCAAUUAUUUUUUCAAACCGUGACGGGUGUCUCGACGAUUCUCUGAUCGCUGAUGCCUCGGACCGAUCGAUUUCCGGUAUCGCGGCAUGUGGAACGAUUCGACUGAGAGCGGACGCGAGUCGCGGAGAGAGAAAGAGCGGCGGGGAACCAAGAUGAACGCGACGGAGCCGCUGAUAUGCCUGCUGCCGGAGGACGUCGAGGUCCUGGAGGAUCCUCGGAUCACGAUGCUCAGGCGAAUUAGCUACGGCAUCGUACUGCCCACCAUCUGUUGCCUGGGAAUCGUUGGGAAUGUCCUGAACCUGAUAGUACUCACCAGGCGCAAUAUGCGAGGGACCGCUUACAUUUACAUGAGAGGUAACGUUCUUUCCAGACUACAGAGAAUUCUGAUUAAAUUAAACGGAUCUACACAGGUGUACAAGAUCGUCUUGGAGGUCGUGUUCAAAGUGGCACCGACCAUACUUCUAGCUGGUUUCAAUUUGCGAAUAAUGAUAGUUUAUCGGAGGUCCUGCGAACGUCGUCGACGGAUGACGCUAGCCAGGACGGUGAGCAACGAUGAGGACACGAGGACGUUCGCCGAAGAGAGGAGGUUGGUGCUUCUCUUAGGAAGCACGAGCAUUCUCUUCCUCCUCUGUGUCAGCCCUAUGGUGAUCCUGAAUAUCACUCUCAGGGAGAGCAAUCUUAGCCAUUAUCCUUAUCAGGUGUUUCGAGCCGUGGCCAAUUUGCUAGAGGUAAUCAAUUACUCGAUCACGUUUUAUAUCUACUGCCUGUUCUCUGAAGACUUCCGCAAUACUUUGAUCCGCACACUGCAAUGGCCUUGGGGCGCGAAUGGCCACGGCGGACGAGGCUUCCCGAUGAAGCGUUCCCCGGUGGCCAGGCCGACGACGACCACCACAACACCGCCAACGACCGCCACCGCGACUCCCGGUCAUUUCGCUCGCGCCAGCGUUUAGUUCAACUUCCUCCAGGUCGGGGAAAUUUGUCGAACGCGGUAAAUUUGCCUGCUUCCUCCGGACGCGUUUUAACGAGCAUCCGAUAUCGUAACGAGAUACGGAGCCAAAUAUGUUCCACGGCCAAUAAACGAUAUUUGGUUGGUGCAUACGUACGUUGGGAGAGAGACACGUCUCUUGUGAAAGUGAAAUUCGUGGGUAGACUCCUGACACGAGAUUGCGAAUUCUUGUUCAAAAU